AUGAAAUAUUAUUAUCAAUUUAAAGCUAUCAUUACAGGAGCAAAAGCAGUAGGUAAAAAAACUAUUCUCAAAUCAUUGGACUCUAAUACUGAUCUCAGAACUAUUUAAUUACAUGAUAAAAUUUAAGAAACACUCUUUGUCUAUGAAUUCUAAAAAGAUGAAUCCUAUAUACCAGAUGCUCUUUGCUUUUUAAUUGUAUGUGAUUAAUCAUCAUAGUCCAUCUAAUUUGCCAAAUCUAAGUAUAAUUUUUUAUAUAUAUACAUAGAAUUCAAAUAAUACUUAAAUAACUGAAUCGUUCCUAUUAAUUUCUUGUACUUAUCAAUAACAAAUAAGAUUCCCAACUACUUCUUUAAGAUGAGUUAGAAAAUUAUUGUGCUUAAAAUCAAAUCAAUUUUAUUGCUACUAGUGCUAAACUUGGAACUAAUAUUGUUCUUCUUCAAAACCUUCUCAGAAUUAAAGCAUAAUUGAUCAUGAAAAAGUGUCAAAUCUUGCCAUUCCCUCUAGAAUCAAAUAGAGAAUAAGAAUUUAAAAGCAUCAAUCAUCAAAUUAAAUAAGCAACACCCGAUAGACCUUUACCAUAAACACCUUAAUCCUCUGGAAAUAAAGAAAACUAAUCUGAUUAUAAAAGUAUUAAGAGUGAAACUGUUGAAAGCUUUAGGGCAUUUGAAUUAAUUCAAGAUAAAUCAAAUUAUCAAAAUGAUACCACUAAUAUACUAACAUCAACUACCUCAUAUUAGAAUUCUUAAAUAUAAAAUUCAUAAGUAUUACCAAGUACUAAAAGAGCCUAUCUUGAUUUAAAUAGUAGUUGCAGAUUAAGAUCACCAUCACCAAUUUCAAAAAAACUUAUAUGUUUAGAAAUUGAAUACAAUAAGUAAUUUAAAUACAAUUAUCUUAGUUAGAUAUUUAAGGUUGAUAUAUAUUUUGAUGAUUCCUAUCCUUUGAUAAUUGAAAGAAUCUGUUCUAUUAUGUAAAAGAAAGUUAAAUAAACAAUCAAAAAAUCAUUGAUGUUCCUUAUUGAAACUCAUGUUAAUUAAUUUAUGCAAAAAUUGACUCAAUAAUUUUAAGAAAAAAGAUGUAAAAGUAUUUAUUAUUAUCAUCAAGAUUUGAGAGUAAAAGAAUGUUAUGAGAAAUUUAUUUCUAUGAAUAAUCAAUAAAUUCUUACAUCGAGAUCUAAUAUUGGAAUAAUUGUUCUUCUAAUAUAAUAAAAGAUUAUUAGAAUUCCAGUUUAUGAAAAUGAUGAACCUUAUGAUUUAGCAUUCAAUUCAAUAGUUUAAUACAAAUUGAAAAAGAGUUGCAUAAGUGCUUUAGUUUAAAAGAUUAAGUUGUUAUAAACUGAAAAGAAUAUCUUAAUUCUAGGAUUUUUUGAUAUAACACCUCAUGAAUUCAUUGCAUAUCAAGGAGAAAACAUUUAAAAGUAAACUAAUAAAUUAAUUAAUCUUAGAAAACUAUUUCAAUUUUUUAUGUAAUUUAAAUUGGAUUAUGAAUAUUAUAGGCUUCUCUAAUAAAUAUAAUGA